UUUGAUCGAUGAAAGGAUUAUUUUGGAACGUUCGGGGAAUUGGAAAUGAUCCUACACAGAGGGUCUUGAAUCGGGUCAGAAAACAACAUCACCUUGAUUUCUUGGCGAUCAUGGAGCCUAUGAUCUCCCUUGAGGGAAGGUUUAUGGCGAGGCGGCUGGGAUUUAAGGAGGUGGUUUCGAAUUGUGUGAAUCAAAUAUGGUUUUUCUGGGGACCGGAGGUACAGUGUCGGGUUUUGAUCGAUCAUGAGCAGUUUCUGCACCUCCAUUUGGAAUCAAAUAAGUGGCCGAAACCGUUUUUCGUUACAGCGAUAUAUGCUAAAUGUGAUAUGGUGGAGCGGCGAGAUCUUUGGGCUGGCCUUCGGUUGGUUUCGGUUGGCUCUUCGCCUUGGAUUGUGGGAGGGGAUUUCAAUACUGUCCUCUGCCCAGAGGAACGGUCGGGGGGCGCUGCCCCGAGUGGUAUCGCAAUGUCUGAUUUCCAUGACAUGAUUGCGGACUGUGCCCUUACAGAUGCCGGUUAUACUGGGAGCCCUUACACCUGGUAUAGUCGUUGGUUGCGGCAACGUCUAGAUCGGGUCCUGGUGACUGAUAGUUGGAUGGACGUAUUUUCGAAAACACAAGUUACUCAUCUUGAGCUCUCCAAAUCGGAUCAUCGUGGAUUAUUGGUUGUUGCAGAGACUAUUGUGACGCAAAAGGCAUCAUCUUUUCGGUUUCAACACAUGUGGAUCACGCAUCCGGGAUUUCUUGAGGUUGUUCGUCGGAAUUGACAAUACCCAACGAUCGGGAGUGGUAUGGUUCGCCUUCAGCAGAAAUUGACUCGCUUGAAGCACUGUCUGAAGGAAUGGAACAGAACAGUCUUUGGGAAUGUGUUUGAUAGGGUUGCAGCGGCGGAGCGAGAUCUCAAGGAGGCUGAUGAGGCAUAUGAUAUUAAUCCUUGUGAUCGCACGCUUGUGGAGCGGAGUCGGUGCUCGGCAGUGUUGGUUCGGGUGUUGACCCAAGAGGAGGCAUUUUGGAAACAAAAGGCCGGGAUCAAAUGGGCUAAAGAUGGGGAGCGAAACACGAGAUACUUCCACUCUUUAGUUCAGAAGAGGAGGUUUCGUGGCACGAUCUUUGAGAUAUAGCAU